UCGCUAAGUAUUUAGACUCCAUAUACUACAUACUAGGACCACACUGGUGCAGUAGUAACUGUUUUUUCUGUUUUUGUUAAAAUGCGAAAUGUUACAACGUGAAAUUAGCCCACCAAAGCAAAAAUUAAAGCAAGCUUCAAUAUCGGAAUUUUUCUCUUUAUCCUCGAAAUCUGUGAAACGAAAACGUUCUCCUACUCAAAGCGAAAACGAAGUUUCUCCUUUUGCUAAAAAGACAACAGAACACAAAACAUCUGCUAAAACACCCGUUUUAGAUAUUGGCGUGAAGCCAACUCCCACAAAAGUCAGUCAAACAAAAUCCCCAACAGUGGGUCCAAGUCACGAAAAAAUGAGCGCAAACUCCGAGCCGAACAGUAGCCGACUUUUAUCUGGACUUACUGAGGCAGAAGGUGCGGAGAAAAAUAUCAUUCAGAUGUCAAAAGAUGCCACCAACUUUGAUAUUGAUUCUAUUUUGGAAAAUGUGACUGAAAAUAUGUCACACAAUAAAAACAACUCGCAAUCCAGUAAACCAGACUUGGAAUCUAUGGAUGUAACUGUAAGAGCUGAAAGUCCCCUGUUGUUUGAAGAUUCAAUUCAAGAGGCUCCAGUAGUUGAACCAGAGAGUAUGCAGUUCACUGAUGGACCUACUUGUAUGGGAAUGCCUGCUAAGGAUUUAAAACGAAUUCCAAAUUGCUGGGCAACAAACCCGUUCACUAUGGAGUCAGGAACAAGACACUUAAAACUGUAUAAUACUUCCCACAAAGGACCCGGGCCACCACCCCCCAAAUCUACCACCUAUUACGACGCAUGGGACUCCCAUCAUGUGCGACUUCCGUGCUCGACAGAAAAUCUCUACCCGGUAACAGAGAGAGGUAGGAAGAGCUUAGAGAAGAGAUGGGAGCUGAUCCGGAGCUCUCUUUUGAUGAAGAUGGAUAACGAAUACGAUUUGCAGGAAGCCAUUCUCACAUACAACAGCAGAUACUGCAAAAAGUGGUCGUUUCAAAAACUAGGUAAUUUUUUUACCCAAGCAAGUGAUUCUUACAAAAAAAAGUUUUUUGGGACCACAUUACCACGCAUGGUUGCGCUUGCUUUGGAUUUACCCAACAUUUGUACACAGCCGAUACCAUUGUUAUGUCAUCAACGGAGUUGUAAAGUCACUAUGACUCAGCAACAAAUUGCAUGUUUGCUGUGUAAUGCUUUCUUUUGCACAUUUCCGAGACGUAACUCAAAAGGUCCAAACUCUGAAUAUUCAAACUAUCCUAGCAUUAACUUUAGCAGUUUAUUCAAUGGAGCAGGGGGAUGGCAUAAUAGUCCAUUUGUUGAAAAAUUUAAAACUAUUCUUCACUAUUUUGAGAGAGUAUGCGAAAACAUGCCAACAGGAACUGUAACUUUUGAGCGACGUUGCUUGUCAGAUUUUCCUCGCUGGGAAAAAAGCCCAUGUACCUUGGGUGGAUUGCAUCUAAGCAAUGAAGGGAGAAUAGAAUGUGACGGUAUUGGUUUAUUACAGGUUGAUUUUGCAAAUCGGUAUCUUGGAGGUGGCGUGCUCUCUAGCGGCCUCGUGCAGGAGGAAAUUUUAUUCAGUAUUUGCCCCGAGCUCAUAGUUUCCAAGCUCUUUGUUGAAAAAUUGGACGACAACGAGUGUGUGGUCAUCACUGGGGCCGAGCAGUUCAGUUCCUACACUGGUUACGCUGAUACUUACAAAUGGGGCGGCAACCACAUAGAUACAACAACCAGAGACGACUUCGGUCGACUUUGCAAACAACUUGUCGCCAUGGAUGCCACUUGUUAUCAAAAAUCUUCAAAUCAAUUCAUACUGUGACAUGGACCCCGAACAUUCACCCGCUGUUGCCACGGGUAACUGGGGCUGUGGGGCUUUUGGGGGAAAUCCCUUAUUUAAAGGUUUACUGCAGUUAAUGGCAGCAGCAACUGUUGGACGAGAUCUGUGUUAUUUUACAUUUAAUGAUAGAGAACUGAUGCAACAAUUGCAUGAAAUGCAUUCGUUUAUCAAAGAAAAUAAGAUGAGAGUUAGUGACUUAUGGAAUAUUAUCAUUUGCUACAAUAAACAAGUUAUUGAGAGUAAGGACUCUAAAUCUUCAAGUAUUUUUAAGUUCAUUCGAGACACUCAUAUUCUUAGCACCGAUGAAGACUAAAUGUUCCUAUGCGUUUUUGAAUGAAAUAUAUUUUAUAUGCCAUAGUA